GAGAUGCUCCCUCUCUCUCUGCACUCUGCACACUGCACAAACACAAAUUUUUACUGACCACUGCCUUAAUUGGAUCUGUGAGCCCUCUCUGACAUCUCCAUUAUCUCUCUUCUCCUUCCUUCUCUCUGCUCUUUUCUCAGUUUCCUUGUUGAAACCUUCUCUUUUAUUUCCUCCUCAAGAUUCUCCGAUCCGCACCCGGAUCUCGAUUCCUCAACUGGAGCUCGAUCGUUUACGUUCUGUAAUCGCUGUUUCGAGUUUGCCCGUUUGGAUUUUCCGGGAUUCGUAGGUCCUUUUGUUAAAAUCAAUGUUGUUGUUGAUUCGAUUGUGAAAAUAUGAAUCCUCUUUGCUGCAUUGCUCCGGUUUCAAUCGAUGACCGGACUAACCCCGUGGUGGCGAAAUCGGCGGCGAAUCAACAGUCUCAGUUAGGUUUCGAAGCUCUUUCAGUCGCGAAAUCGGGUAGCAACCACGCCUCUAAGCCGUCGUUCUCAACUCAAGCCUCGUGGAUCAGCCAAGAUCAGCUUGAGCGGCUCUCUUCCGAUGUCGCAGCUUCCGACGACGUGAAUCUCGAGGCGAAGGAUUCUUCUUCCAAGGGAGGUUUCUUCUUCGGAAAUGGCGUCGGUGCUGGAGGUGGAAUCGCCGGGAUCAUGUACAAGUGGGUGAACUAUGGGAAAGGGUGGAGAGCCCGAUGGUUCGAGCUGGAGGACGGUGUUUUGUCGUAUUACAAGAUCCACGGACCUGAUAAGAUCGUGAUGAACCCUUCCUCCAGAGAGAAGGGCGUUAGGGUGAUCGGAGAGGAGUCUGUGAGGUACAUUAGGAAGGCUAGCUGCGGCAGCAGCAACCGUCUUGGAGCUUCUGCAGCAGCUCCAAGGCCUCCUUGUAAACCAUUCGGAGAAGUUCAUUUGAAGGUUUCUUCAAUUCGUGCGAGCAAGUCUGAUGACAAAAGGCUUGCUAUAUUCACGGGUACAAAGACUCUUCAUUUGCGUUGUGUAUCGAGAGAGACUAGAGCAACCUGGGUAGAGGCUUUGCAGGUGGCCAAGGAUCUUUUUCCGAGAGUGCCCAGCGGCGACAUCCUGCCUUCAGAAGAUGCGGUUGUUUCGACUGAGAAGUUGCGUGAAAGGCUACUGCAGGAAGGCAUUAGUGACACAGUUGUAAAAGAUUGUGAAACCAUUAUGCUUUCGGAAGUCUCUAUGCUGCAGAACCGGUUGAACGUUCUCACACAUAAACACAUUAUACUACUAGAUACACUGAGACAGCUAGAGACUGAGAAAAUAGAACUGGAAACUACUGUCGUUGAUGAAACAAAGGAGCAUGACUCUUGCUGUGGACAGGGAAGACGAUUUAGUGAUUUCUAUUCAGUCAUGUCAGAGGUAUCUGCAAGCGAUUCCGAGGCAGAUAAUGAGAGUCAAGAUGGAGCAGAUGUUGAAUCUGAUGAAGAUGAUGUAGCAUUCUUUGAUACAAAUGAUAUCCUAUCAGCUGACGCACUGAGAAGUGCUUCUUACCGUAGCAGAGAAGCUGAAGGAAAUGGGUCUAUUUAUGACAAAGACCCCUUCUUUUCUGACCGCUUGCAAGUUCCCGUUAGGAUUCCGCAGUAUCCAUAUGUCAGAAGAAGGGAUAACUUACCGGAGCCAAAGGAGAAGGAAAAGCCAGUUGGGCUGUGGUCAAUCAUCAAAGAAAACAUUGGCAAAGACUUGUCUGGAGUUUGCCUCCCCGUAUAUUUUAAUGAGCCACUCUCUUCUCUUCAGAAGUGCUUUGAGGAUUUGGAGUACUCAUACUUGAUAGACAGAGCACUUGAGUGGGGGAAACAGGGCAAUGAGUUAAUGAGGCUUCUAAACAUUGCAGCUUUCGCUGUAUCUGGCUAUGCGUCCACGGAAGGCAGGCAAUGCAAGCCUUUUAACCCUCUACUUGGUGAGACCUAUGAAGCUGAUUACCCAGAUAAAGGACUUCGUUUCUUUUCUGAGAAGGCAAGUCAACUCUCACAACAAUCUCUUUUCCCCUCACCUUUCUGGCAACAUGAUUCUCUUGUUCAGGUGAGUCAUCAUCCGAUGAUUGUUGCUUGCCAUUGUGAGGGACAAGGUUGGAAUUUCUGGGGAGACUCAAAUAUCAAAGGAAAAUUUUGGGGAAGGUCAAUCCAGCUUGACCCAGUGGGUGUCUUGACGUUAAAAUUUGAUGAUGGUGAGACAUAUCAAUGGAGCAAGGUUACCACUUCCAUUUACAACAUCAUCCUCGGCAAGCUUUACUGUGAUCAUUAUGGAACCAUGCGCAUCAAAGGCGGAGGCAAUUACUCCUGCAGGUUGAAGUUCAAGGAGCAGUCAGUCAUAGAUCGAAACCCUCGUCAGGUUCACGGUUUUGUGCAAGACAAUAGAACCGGGGAGAAAGUAGCUAUAUUGAUAGGCAAGUGGGAUGAAGCAAUGUACUAUGUAUUGGGAGAUCCGACAACAAAGCCAAAGGGAUAUGAUCCAAUGACAGAAGCUGUAUUACUGUGGGAAAGAGACAAAUCUCCUACAAAAACAAGAUACAACCUCUCCCCUUUUGCGAUCUCUCUUAAUGAGAUAACUCCAGGGAUGGUGGACGACAAACUGCCUCCAACAGAUUCAAGAUUGAGACCAGACCAAAGACACCUAGAAAACGGGGAAUAUGAAUCAGCAAAUGCCGAGAAACUGAGACUUGAACAGUUGCAGAGACAGGCAAGGAGGCUGCAGGAGAAAGGAUGGAAACCGAGAUGGUUCGAAAAGGAUGAAGAAGGGAAUUAUCGGUAUGUAGGAGGUUACUGGGAAGCAAGAGAGAAGAAAGACUGGAAUACAAUCACAGACAUUUUCAAGAAGCAGCAACAGCGUAACACGGUUUCAUCUUCAUCUACGUUUCUUUAAUCCAUCAUCUCAGGUUUUUUUUUUUAUGAAAUUAAGGAUAUAGAAAGAUGUUCCCUCAUUGUGCUUCUGUGAAAAUUUGGCCAGAACCUUUGUUGGUGUGUGUUAUUAUGUAGAUGUGAAACAGACUUAUUGGAGAUGAUGAAAUUAUUCGAAUAGGAUUUGCGGUUUCCAUGUUUGAAAAGUCUUUUUUUUUUUUUGGCUCGCUAAUGUAAAAGAAUUGUAUAGCAAGGCAGACAAAUUCG